AUGGACCUAAGCGGUGCAGCCUCCCGAUUCCGCAUCGAGAAGACGACGUCGCACGAUCGAUUUCUCGGCGUUUUCACUCACUCCCGAUUGGUAACUGACGUCUCCGGCUCCGGCGAAGAGCUUAACGAGGAUGACAUAUUCUGGAACGGUGACUUGGCCGACAACAACCAUUUCUCAACCGUUCCCUCCACGUCCGCCGAUCGGAACCACCACAACCACGCCAAGGGUUACAGUCGAGCGGAGAAUUUUGGUAUUCUAGCCGCAUUGCCGGUGUCGGAAUCGGAUCAGAGCCUCCAAACGCGCUCGGUGUUUAACCACAAGGCUUCGGUUUCUUCUUCCUCCUCAUCGUCCACUUCCUCGUCACGAAUGAUUCCUACAAUGCCGAAGAAGCCUCCUCUCGACCGGCAAAGUUCGGUGAAGUACCAAUCGGCGCCGAUGAAUGUGCCCGUGCUUUCGGAUGCGAUGAGAAGGAACAGAGCCAUUCGCGAAUUCGACGACAUUGAUGAUGAUGACAACGAAGGGGACUUUGAGAUGCUACCGCCUCACGAGAUGGUCGCAUCGAAGCACUCUCCAAUGGUUUCUUGUUCUGUUCUUGAAGGCGUGGGAAGGACACUGAAGGGGAGAGAUCUGCGUCAGGUUCGGAAUGCUGUGUGGCGAAAGACAGGUUUUCUUGAUUGA